CGGAAAAUCACACUACUCCAAAACCGCUGGUCUGGACUGGAAAAGGUCGACGGACAAAUGUACCUGACCGCCCUCCUCCACGGCGUCCAAAUUGGACGUUUGGGAAAACGAGCUUUCAGAACCGGUUCUGGCGCGUUACCAGCCAAUUGGACUGAACUACAAAAAUGCCAUACACUUGGAUGACGUGCUACGGGAUAUUUGCUUCUUCUUGCGGGAGCAUCCCUACUCCUUCCCCAUUAUUCUCAAUAUUGAAAAUCAUUGCUCACCACAAUGACACUUAUUCACAAACCCAAAGGGGAGCUUCAUGACUUUGCGCAGCUCCGUAGUCCGGAAGCGGCCCGGGGCAAAAUCAUUGUGCUGGCCAAAACGCCCAAGAAUCUCGUGGACCAGAAGGAGACGGCGAUCUCCAUCUUGACAGCCAAGGCGGGGAUAACGGCAAUUAAAGUCGAACGGCCGCGGCUGCCGAUUGCUCCUUUGAUGAAGGCGCCUACAACGCAGACGACCGCAUCUACCAACCCAAAGAGUCUUAAAGGAGAGGGUAUCAAAAUGCCUAAAAUACUACCCGGGGUUGUGGAGGGCAGAUGCAAUCAGUACGCCCAGACGGCGCAAGAGGCCAUGGAAGUGGGAAACCGCGUCGCCGUCUGUUUCACCCGGUACAACCAAGCCAAGGCCACUGUCUUCGAAGCAAUACGUGCCGGCAAUUGCGUGGGAGUGACCCCCCUCACUCUCAACGCCUUGCCUUGCUUUCUGCACUUCCUUCUUUUUGUCGCCGCAGCCCAAUACCUCAGCCAGCGUUGUACUUCGCGUCAUGACAAAGAAAAAGUUGGCUGCUUGUUUCUUGCAGCAAAUCACUUUUUCGAUCAAGGAUGUGGGGCCAAGGAGGAGGCAGGUAUCAUGGAGGGAACUGCUGAAUUGAAUCUGAUUGGCUAUACAUAG